UGGCAUUUGAUCCAUAUGAAUCGUAUGCUCGAGAUAUUUUACGACCGGGUUUUCAUGAUCGUUUCCUUAGUCAGUUAUCAAAGCCUGGGGCUGCGCUUUAUUUGCAGUCAAUAGGCGAAGGUUUCAAAGAAGCUGUCCAAUAUGUUUUACCCAGACUACUUCUAGCCCCUGUUUACCACUGUCUGCAUUACUUUGAACUUUUGAAGCAGUUAGAAGAAAAAAGUGAAGAUCAAGAAGACAAGGAAUGUUUAAAACAAGCAAUAACAGCUUUGCUUAAUGUUCAGAGUGGCAUGGAAAAAAUAUGUUCUAAAAGUCUUGCAAAACGAAGACUGAGCGAGUCUGCAUGUCGGUUUUACAGUCAGCAAAUGAAGGGGAAGCAACUAGCAAUCAAGAAAAUGAACGAGAUUCAGAAGAAUAUCGAUGGCUGGGAGGGAAAAGACAUUGGACAGUGUUGCAAUGAGUUCAUAAUGGAAGGAACUCUUACACGUGUAGGAGCCAAGCACGAGAGACACAUAUUUCUCUUUGAUGGCUUAAUGAUUUGCUGUAAAUCAAAUCAUGGGCAGCCAAGACUUCCUGGUGCUAGCAAUGCAGAAUAUCGUCUUAAAGAAAAGUUUUUUAUGCGAAAGGUACAAAUUAAUGAUAAAGAUGACACCAAUGAAUACAAGCAUGCUUUCGAAAUAAUUUUAAAAGAUGAAAAUAGUGUUAUAUUUUCUGCCAAGUCAGCUGAAGAGAAAAACAAUUGGAUGGCAGCAUUGAUAUCUUUACAGUACCGAAGUACAUUGGAGAGGAUGCUUGAUGUAACAAUGCUUCAGGAAGAGAAGGAGGAGCAGAUGAGGCUGCCUGGUGCCGAUGUGUAUAGAUUUGCAGAGCCUGACUCUGAAGAGAAUAUCAUAUUUGAGGAGAACGUGCAGCCCAAGGCUGGGAUUCCAAUCAUCAAAGCAGGAACUGUUGUUAAACUGAUAGAGAGGCUCACAUACCAUAUGUACGCAGAUCCCAAUUUCGUUCGGACAUUUCUUACAACAUACAGAUCCUUUUGCAAACCUCAAGAACUACUGAGUCUUAUAAUAGAAAGGUUUGAAAUUCCAGAGCCUGAGCCAACAGAAGCUGAUCGCAUAGCUAUAGAAAAUGGAGAUCAACCCUUGAGUGCAGAACUAAAAAGAUUUAGAAAAGAAUAUAUACAACCUGUACAACUGCGAGUAUUAAAUGUGUGUCGGCACUGGGUAGAGCACCACUUCUAUGAUUUUGAAAGAGAUGCAGAUCUUUUGCAACGAAUGGAGGAAUUUAUUGGAACAGUAAGAGGUAAAGCAAUGAAGAAAUGGGUUGAAUCCAUAACUAAGAUAAUCCAGAGGAAAAAAAUGGCAAGAGACAAUGGACCAGGUCAUAAUAUCACAUUUCAGAGUUCGCCUCCCACAGUUGAGUGGCACAUAAGCAGACCUGGGCAUGUAGAGACUUUUGACCUGCUCACCUUACACCCCAUAGAAAUUGCUCGACAACUCACUUUACUUGAAUCCGAUCUAUACCGAGCUGUACAGCCGUCAGAAUUAGUUGGAAGUGUGUGGACAAAAGAAGACAAAGAAAUUAAUUCUCCUAAUCUUCUGAAAAUGAUCAGACACACCACUAAUCUUACUCUGUGGUUUGAGAAAUGUAUUGUUGAAACUGAAAAUUUAGAAGAAAGAGUAGCUGUGGUGAGUCGAAUAAUUGAGAUUCUACAAGUCUUUCAAGAGCUGAACAACUUUAAUGGUGUCCUUGAGGUUGUCAGUGCCAUGAACUCAUCACCUGUUUACAGACUAGACCACACAUUUGAGCAAAUACCAAGUCGCCAAAAGAAAAUUUUAGAAGAAGCUCAUGAAUUGAGUGAAGAUCAUUAUAAGAAAUAUUUGGCAAAACUCAGGUCUAUUAAUCCACCAUGUGUGCCUUUCUUUGGAAUUUAUCUCACUAAUAUCUUGAAAACAGAAGAAGGCAACCCUGAGGUCCUAAAAAGACAUGGAAAAGAGCUUAUAAACUUUAGCAAGAGAAGGAAAGUAGCAGAGAUAACCGGAGAGAUCCAGCAGUACCAAAACCAGCCUUACUGUUUACGCGUAGAAUCAGACAUCAAAAGGUUCUUUGAAAACUUGAAUCCAAUGGGAAAUAGCAUGGAAAAAGAAUUUACAGAUUAUCUUUUCAACAAAUCCCUAGAAAUAGAACCACGAAACCCUAAGCCUCUCCCAAGAUUUCCAAAAAAAUAUAGCUAUCCCCUAAAAUCUCCUGGUGUUCGUCCAUCAAACCCGAGACCAGGUACCAUGAGGCACCCCACACCUCUGCAGCAGGAGCCAAGGAAAAUCAGCUACAGCAGGAUCCCCGAAAGUGAAACAGAAAGCACAGCGUCUGCACCAAACUCGCCGAGGACACCGCUAACGCCGCCUCCUGCAUCUGGUGCAUCCAGUGCCACCGAUGUUUGCAGCGUGUUUGAUUCGGAUCAUUCGAGCCCUUUUCACUCAAGCAACGAUACCGUCUUUAUCCAAGUUACACUGCCCCAUGGCCCAAGAUCUGCUUCAGUGUCAUCUAUCAGCCUAACCAAGGGCACCGAUGAUGUGCCCGUCCCCCCUCCUGUUCCUCCUCGAAGACGACCAGAAUCUGCCCCAGCAGAGUCUUCGCCAUCGAAGAUUAUGUCUAAGCACUUGGACAGCCCCCCCGCCAUCCCUCCCAGGCAGCCCACGUCAAAAGCCUAUUCGCCGCGCUACUCCAUCUCAGACCGGACCUCUCUCUCAGACCCUCCUGAGAGCCCCCCCUUGCUGCCGCCACGAGAGCCCGUGAGGACACCCGACGUUUUCUCCAGCUCACCACUACAUCUCCAGCCUCCCCCCUUGGGCAAAAAAAGCGACCACGGCAACGCCUUCUUCCCCAACAGCCCCUCCCCCUUCACACCGCCUCCUCCCCAGACGCCGUCUCCUCACGGCACGAGAAGGCACCUGCCGUCACCACCACUAGCGCAGGACGUGGAGCUCCACGCCGUGGCCGGGCCGCCCGUUCCUCCGCGGCAGAGCACUUCUCAGCAUAUCCCCAAACUCCCUCCAAAAACUUACAAAAGGGAGCACACGCACCCCUCCAUGCACAGAGACGGCCCGCCCCUGCUGGAGAAUGCCCACUCCUCCUGAGCGCCUCUGUCCCGGGACGUGUGUGGUCCCAGCCCAGAUCCAUUGCUGGCGAUGGAUGCACUGAGUGUGCCAGCACUGAGGAGCUAGAGGAGAACUCCAAACACUAAGGACUCUGCGUCAAGACGCAGUGUGAGACCAUGAAUUUUAACCUGAACGUGACUAUCCGAUGAAAUGGUGUUCCGGUUGCGAGUACGGAAAGACUGAUCGAGAGGAACUGGACGACUGAUUGCACCUGAAAAUCGCGUCACGGGACGUUUUCCGGCCAAUAGGCAGGAGUCCUCUUUUGUGAAGUGAUCUUUAUCGUUAAAGGGAUGGAAAACACAGUCUAGUGUCCAGCAGGCCCACGUGAUGACAGUUUUUUGUAACUCAAAAUAUUAUGCACUUUUAAAAAAAUCUUAAACAGGGAUCUUAAUAUCCUCCUUUGUUUUCCUUUGCUUUACUCUUCUACUUUAGAAUAUUUUCUUAAAAAAUCACUCAAAGGACUGUGAGGAAAGGCUGUGGUACCUGACCUUGUCACAAUCAAGGCCCAGCACUGUACUACAGUCCUGUUUACAGAUUAUUACAGUGACUCGAAUGGGUACCGAGGCUUCACCAAAGAGGUACUUUUUUGUUGUUUUUUUUUUAAAGAAUAAUUAUACCAAUUUUAAGAGCAUUCCCCCCUCCUACCCCACACACCCAAACAAAAUGUGGUGGUGUUGCCUUCAAACAAGAGAAGUUUUGUGUCAUUAACGUGACAGAAGAACUUUUUUUUAAAUGUAACUGUCAAGUAUACUGUUUGCAUCUAGGAGACUGUUAAUCUCUGCUAGAUUGUCAUUCUCCCUGUCUCCUACAAAGGUUUACUGGUCAUCCAUGCCAUGGCUCAUAGCUGUCCUCUAACCGCACCAUGGAAACGCAGGCACGUGAUGAGGAAAGAAGCACUUGCUGGGCCUCCCUGACACCACUCAUGUGUUACUAGUAGCUGGGUAACCGGCAUACCCAGAAUUACCUUGCAUUGCCUAAGUCAUGUGUAUAUAGUGAAUGUUAUAUAAUAUACCUGGCAGGUCUGUUUUAAUUUAAUUAAAUAAAGAUACAAAUACUUUGUUUGGCUGGCAUAUAUUAAAUUAUUAUAUGGAGAAAA